UUUAAAUGAACUUUAAUUCCCUUUAAAGUGAAUCAAAAAUAGUUUCCAAGGAUACCGGCGUUAACCAGCUGAAACAGCUGACGGAAUCUCCACUAACGACAUCUACUCAACUAAUGUUUGACGAGUCAGCGAACACACGUUCGUGUUUUUCCUCCAAUAAUCGAAUGUUAAUUGGGUCAUAUUUUAAAAUUAUUUCCUGUUUUUUCAUUGUAUUGCCACUGUUGUUGGAAGUAACGUCAGAAAACCUAACAAUGUCCAAAUUAGUCGGUGUUGAUUUUGAAGUGUACGGAAGAGUACAAGGUGUCUUCUUUAGGAAGUACACUCAGAAACGUGGAGAAGAAUUGGGUCUAAAAGGUUGGUGCAUGAACACUAAUAACGGUACAGUUGUAGGACGCAUCGAAGGAGAGAAAGAUAAAGUAGAACAAAUGAAGCAUUGGCUUCAAUAUACUGGUAGCCCCCAGUCAGCGGUAGACAAAGCAGAAUUUCGGAAUGAGAAAGAAAUAUCAGCACCUUCGUUUUCCAACUUCACAAUUAAAAAAUAAAUCUUUAUAUAUCGUUACAUAUAAAGCUGUUUAAUUAAGUAUUUCAGUUUGUGGUAUUAAAUUAUUAAAUUAUUAUUUAUGUACGCAUGAAUGAAUUGAAAUAAAGUUCAUUGUGUUAUAGAAAAUCGUGUCAUGGCAUGGUA